AUGUCGGUUACACUAGAGCCACCAACCUACCUGAGCUCGUUGCAGAACAAUAUUCGAGCACGGCCGAUCCCGUGGGAGGGGGCCGUCCGGGCAGGCAGCAUCACCGAUGAGCAUCUGAGGAAGAUCAAGGCAGUAGACAAGGUCCGCAAGGAGCAGAGACGCCAGACAAUCGAGGCGGACAUCGAGGGUUAUGUCCACCUGCUGGCGGGUUCGACAGGGGGGAAGAGCGUGCUGGAUGCGGCUGCUCGGCGGUCGGAUAUCGUGCAGUAUAUCCUGGUGUUGGCGGCCGAUUUAAUCAAUGAUGUCCCUGUGCUCGCCUCGUCGCUGGUGGCUCACCCUAACCCGUACCAACCGUUUCUCCCUCUGCUGCAGCACUCGACGAACCCCGAAGAUCCAAUUCCCCUACUGACCGCGGCCUUUCUGACGGGGCUGGUUUCCCAGAGUCUGGUGACGGCAUCGAAACCGGCGCCACGGGACGACGAUGCACUGCCCCGGCUGUACACGUACCUAGCAGCGUUGACCAAGAACUCGGACAGCGGGCUGCAGGAUAUUGGCGUGCAGGGCUUCUCGACCCUGCUGCGGACCCGGCGAGCGCGGGAGCUGUUUUGGGCGCAGCGACAGGAGACCGUCGAGGCGUUGGUUGAGAUCUUGCAGGCAGCCGCGGGGCCGAAAGACGGAGCUAGUUCGAGUACUUCACGGGCCGUCGAGCCUGGUCUGGCCGGCGGCGUCGGCCUUCAGUUGCUGUAUCGGGUGCUGCUGGUCAUCUGGCAGCUCAGCUUUGAGGGCAGACUGGUUGGAGACUGCUUGCAGGAGGACUACGAGAUCGUCCAGCUGUACACACAGCUGCUCCGCCUAUCGCCCAAGGAGAAGACAACACGGCUGCUGCUCGCAACAUUGAACAACUUGCUAUCGGCGAACCGGAUGACGCUGCUGCCGGUGGCGGUCUUUGUGCGGUUGCCGGCACUGCUGGCGAACCUAGCAGGCCGUCAUCUGACGGACCCGGACCUGUUGGAGGACCUACAGGCGCUGACGGCGAUGCUGGACGAGUAUACUAAGACGCAAACGACGUUUGACGAGUAUGCGGCGGAAGUGCAGUCAGGACAUCUGCGCUGGUCACCGCCGCACCGUGACACGGCUUUCUGGAAGGAAAACGCGCGGCGCAUCCUCGAGGACGCCUCGGGGGCACUGCCCAAGAAGCUAGCCGAGAUCAUCGCCAAACCCUGGGACACAGACAAACAGGUUCUGGCUAUCGCAUGCAACGACGUCGGUCAGCUAGUCAAGGAGGUCCCCGAACGUCGCGCCCAGCUCGAGAAGCUUGGCCUCAAGACCCGCGUCAUGGAGCUCAUGGCCGAUCAGGACGAGGCCGUCCGCUGGGAGAGUCUUAAGGCCGUUGGUGAGUGGCUUCGCUAUACGUUUGAGGGCUGA